AUGGAGAAGCAAAGGGCUCUACACAGCCCGGAGUCGAGUGAAGGGGAGAGCGUGUCUCCUUCUCCCAGUCUGCCUUCGCCGCCCAUCCUGCCCCUCCAAGCAGCGCAGCAGGCGCACAGAACCACGAACUUUUUUAUUGACAAUAUUCUGCGGCCAGAUUUCGGCUGCAGGAAGGAGCAUGGCUUAGGGGCUAGGGAGCGGGCGCAGACUUCCAGCCGAGAGCGCGCCCAACCUUUGGUCGCCAGGUCGAAUCAUCCUGGAACGCCAUGCCAGGACUCCAACUGCAGCAGCGACAGCACUUCUUCCUCCACCUCGUCCUUGGCCUUGUCUCCCACCCCCAAAAAGAGCACCUCGUCAUCGAAGGCUGACGAGAGCUCUGGAGGCAGCACGCCAAAGUUCGGCGAGAACACUUCUUCUGUUAUGGUUGUGAACGGCGGUAGUGGCGGCACAGCGCCCAACCCCGAGUCCCAGCCGCUGCUGUGGCCUGCCUGGGUGUACUGCACUAGAUACUCGGACAGGCCGUCAUCUGGUGAGGCAAUAGUUUCUUGAACAAGCUUUUAUCAGGGUAUUGUAGCCUAAUGCGUAAUGUUAUAAAUGCCUUAUUGACCCUUUGCAUAAAUAUAAGUCUUUCCUCAACAUGCUUGUAUUCGAAGUUGCAACUUUAUUCGUUAAAUUCAACUGUAUUUUAUACUUUCUUUUUACACUGUGAUAAAGGACAAUAUAUGUAGGUUAUGGCAUAGUGGUCCUGUUAAUGCAUGAAAAUAGUGACUGUCUGUAGUACAAAAUGUAGGCUAACAUACACUCUUAGGAAAAAAGGUUCUGGAUAGAUCCAAAAAUGAUUAUAUCUAUGCUUGCUACAUUCAUAUAUGGCACCCCUAAUGGUUCUAUACAGAACCGAAAUUGGUUCCAUAUAGAACCCUAUAUAUUCCAUAUAGAACCCUAAAUGGAACCCAAGGGUUCUAUAUGGAACCAAUUUUGGUUCAGUGAAGAAGAGCCCCAGGGGUUCUGGUCAAAGAACCCGACAAAAGGGUUCUAUAUAGAACCUUUAGGGGUGCCAUAUGAAGCAAGCAAUAUAUUGUAAGCCUACUCAAUCCAUUUUCAACUGGAAGCAAACUUUCUCAAAUUUAAAUUAUGCUAUAUCAUAUGUAAAUAAUCCAUUAUUUAGGCCUACUACAAAAAUAUAUGGAACAAAAAAGCAGAAAAAAGGACACUUGGAUCAUUUUGUGAUACUUAAUUUUGUAAUAGGAUUGUGUGACAUCUACUGUGUUCUACCGAGAGAAGUCAAAUGAAUUGAAACAGUGAAAAAUCGAAUAGGUGGUUUUCAAGAGCAGCAUUGGUCCAUUUGAGAACAUAUCAGAAAAUGUAAACAACAUUUCAUCGAUGACUGUGUGGCCUAACAUUUCACUCUCCUUAUUUACAAGUGAGAUCUUGGUCCUGGCCACUGGUUGCAUCUUUUAGGCUCACCCCAAAAUGCCUUGCAGAUAUGACACGUUUUAAAAUGUGUCACUUAACAUGAGAACAUACUCCAUUAAUUGGAUUGAAAGAGAGAUAGAGCUCGUACAUUCAACAGAAUCAAGGUGUAGGCCAAUAUAGGGCUAUACUGGCUAUACAUUUAUAUGAUUCAUAACCUACAAUAGUCUUAUUAGACCCUGUACAAUAUAUAUUUUAAAAUCUCAACGAGACUUUAGAAAAAUAAGGUUGAAUAUAAUAAAAUUAAAGAAAGUGCACCGGGAAAAAAACUAGAAUAACAAUAUCAGUGCUGUCAACAUGUUGAAUUAAUUAAAAACUUUGCCUGUCUUGAUAGUAUAUUAUCUGAGUAUGCACUUAGUGUAAUUCCCCAACUAACUGUAUUUAAUCAAUGGUAGGCUACGUUAAAUGGUAAGCGUGCACAAUGUUUCUUUUGUUCUAAGUUCUAUAGUCCAAUGGUUCCAAUGGUGUUUUGGCAUGUGAAUAAAUGGGCUUUUCAUAAUUACCAUAAACUUGUCAAAAAUAUAGACUGUGUUUUAUGCCUUAGGUAUUGAUAAAAUCUGUGCAAAAAUAAUAACAGGAAAUGUAAAGCUAUAUAUAGUUAAUCUAAAACAAAAACUAUUUACUGAAGAUGUAGUAUUUGUGUUAGGAAAUUAUAUAGGAUUAGGCCUAGCAUCAAAUACAAUUUUAAGAAAUAAAUAUUAACGGAUAAAUUAUAUUUCCCAUCAUAUUGUUUAUUUGUUUGUCUGUAGACCCAUGAUAACAAAGGACACCAUUUUAUAUUUAAAUGUAUAGUGUAGCGUAGGCUACGCUUUUGCACAUAGGCCUAUACCUGAGUCUUCAUUUGGUACAAAAUAUCUGAAUGCCGUUCUUAUGUCAACAGCUAGAGAUCACUGAGCUUCAACGAUUCUUUUUUUAGUUGGCCUACAACUACUUUUGAUCAAUGAAAGGCCUAUACCCGACACACUUGGCCAAUAGUCCUAAAACGAUUGUAUGUUUUUAAAUGGAUGUAGUUGGCUUUAGUAGCCUACAGUUUUUUGGUUAGCAUAUUUUUGCUAAAUAAUGAUGAAAGUCGACCUACAGCUAGUGUUACCAUCACACAAAGGCCUGCCGCUCAGUGCCCAAUGGACCUUAUUCUUCGCAGUACAUAAUGUUAUUCAUAGUUAUUAUUAUAGGCCUACCAUUGGGAUGACCAUACCGUUAGAUUAUAGCAAAGUAUUAACCUAUAAUAACGUUUAUUAUUAUUACUAUUACUAUUAUUAUUAUUAUUAUUAUUAUUAUUAUUAUUAUUAUUAUUAUUAUUAUUAUUAGCCUAUCAUCAUUACAUUGUUUCUUUUUAUUAUUAUAAUUAUAGGAUCAUGGUUAUUAUUUGGGUACAUUGUUUUUAUUUAUUACAUUUAUUAUUAGGUCUAGCCUAAAAUCUUUAAUGGAAUUGGUUUUGGGUGAUGAAAGUGAGACUAGGUGUCUGGCACUCGCUGAAUAUUUAUAUUCCCGUUUUUAUUGUCGUCCCUACUGUAGGCCCAAGGACACGGAAAUUGAAAAAGACGAAAAACGAAAAGGAAGACAAGCGACCCAGAACGGCGUUCACGGCUGAGCAGCUCCAAAGACUGAAAACGGAGUUCCAGGCCAACCGUUACAUCACGGAGCAGAGGAGACAGUCUCUAGCCCAGGAGCUCAACCUCAAUGAGUCACAAAUCAAAAUCUGGUUCCAAAACAAACGGGCGAAAAUAAAAAAGGCCAACGGCUAUAAGAACGGCCUGGCUCUCCAGCUCAUGGCGCAAGGAUUGUACAACCAUUCCACCACCACCAUUCAGGAAGACAAGGAGGAGAGUGACUGA